UAUAUAUCCAACACUAGCUGUAGCUGCACUCACCGGAGACCGAUCGUUCGUAGCCUGCUUCUAAAGAAAAAGAAGAUCGAACCAGCCAUGCUGGAAGCUCAGAAGCAUCGCCGCAUGCAAAACAUGAAAUGCUAUGCCUAUAUCGCUGCAUUCGCCGUGUUUCAGACCAUAAUAAUCCUAGUGUUCGCCUUAACCGUGCUGAAGAUCAAAACUCCCAGCGUUAAGUUGACCAGCGUCACCGUCGACAGGCUCAACUCUGCUACCACACCGUCUCCUUCCUUCAACAUGACCUUGACAGCUGAAAUCGCUGUCAAGAACAAGAAUUUUGGCCAUUUCAAAUUCGAUAACAGCACGGCGACAGUCUCCUACGGGGGCACGGCGGUAGGGGAGGCUUUCGUACCCAUGGCUCGGGCCAAGGCGCGGAAGACUCGACGUAUGAAUAUUACGAUGGAGGUGACCUCGGAAAGGCUAUCGGGUGUUACGAACCUGAGCAAUGAUCUGAGUUCAGGAACGUUGACGCUGAACAGCUACGCCAAGCUGAGUGGGAAGGUGCACUUGAUGAAGAUAAUGAAGAAGCGAAAGUCUGCAGAAAUGAACUGCACCAUUGCAGUUAAUUUGGGCAGCAAGACAAUCCAGAAGGUGGAAUGCGAGUGACAGACAACUGAAGUUCUUGCUAGCUAGAGUGGGGAUUCUAUGUUGAUUUUGG